UGACAAUAAUGGUAACCAACAGCAGCCACUCGGCAGCACUCAGAGCAACACUAACAUGGACCCCAAAAUCGCUACCGGUGCUCCGCCAGAUCCUGACCGACAAACCGGAUAUUCUGACGCGAAAAGAAGCACAAGGCAACACCAUACUCCAUUUCUUGGCGGCAGGUGGAAACGCCACCGCCUUCAGAGAAAUGUUCGAGGGUGGCUUACUGACGAGGAGCAACGGGAGCGGUGGGGGAGAGCUGAGGACGUGGAACUCGAGAGGGGACACGGUGCUCCACGAGGCAGCCAGGUUUGGCAGGGUCAAUGUUGUGGAGAUUAUUAUGGAGAGGGAGAGAGAGUUGGUUUCGGAGCGCAAUGCAAUGGGAGGGACGCCGCUUUACUCGGCUGCUGCGAAUGGAGAGCGGGAGGUGUUCAACCUUCUCAAACUGGCCGCUGCUCGUGAGGAGCUGCUGAGGAGAGAUGACGGCUGCACUAUUCUUCAUGCUGCUAUCAUGGGAGAACAUUACAGUCUGGCUAUGGAGAUUGUUGAAUCAUUUCCUAAUCUUGCCGGAGCACAUGAUAAAAAUGGAAACACUGCACUGAAUAUGUUGGCCAGCAAACCCGUUUCCUUUAAAAGUGGGUCAUCCUAUUGGCUUAGGAAUCUUGGAAGUAUGUCCUCCAUUCCCCUACAGUUCCUUUUGUGUCUCGUCUACCUUUGCAUUCCAAUGUGGAUAAAUGAUUCUAAACUUACUGGAGAUGUAGAGGAUCCCCAGAGGAAUAAACCUUUAAUCUGCCAAUUAAAAGGCUCUUUCGUCGAAAACAUUAUCUCAGUGGUGCCUUGGCUAAAAGGAGUUCACGAAGUAAAGAAAAAGCAUGCAUGUGCCCUGGACCUAGCCAAAAGGUUGAUUGCAAAAGAAGAAGAUUGGAGCCAUUACACCAACUCAUGUGGAAGGUAUAAUCAUGACAACGAUAAUUAUCGGCCCAUUAUUACUACUGAAACGAGAAGAAACCCGCUUCUUCAAGCGGCAGAGAACAGCAUUCAAGAGCUGGUGGAAGAGAUCCUCGGGAAAUUCCCCGAGGCUGCCUACUGCGUCGAUAGCCACGGGAAGAACAUAUUUCACAUAGCAGUGGAGAAGAAAGACGAGAGAAUGUACUGGUUCUUGAAGAAGAACGUUGCUAGAAAGGAAGGGAUGAUGGCAGCUCUUGAUCAUGGUAGAAACUCCAUUUUGCACUUUGCAGCCAAACCCGGUGCUAAUCCUAGAGUUCUCCUUGGAAGCUUGAACAGGAUGGCGCGGGAUGUAUAUUGGUUCAAGCUUGUAUAUUAUGAUUCCCCUCCUCAUCUCCCGUGGUACCCAAACUCCGACGGGAAGACGGCAACCGAGCUGUUCGAAGAUACCCACUCUGGCCUACGAAAAGAUGCCGAGGAAGCCCUGAAAUCAAUGAACGGCAGCCUGCUCCUCGUCUCCGCUCUCAUCGGCACCGUCAACUACGCGGCAGUUUUCACUCUCCCCGGAGGCUACAACUCCGGCAGAGACAGCCGGGAUUCCAGCCGCCCGGCCCUGUAUGGUACGGGCAAAGAGCGAGACCUGCUCCUUUUCUUGUGGUUCACUGGCGUUGCCCUGUAUGCCGCCUUUUUAUCGCUGGUGGAGAUGGUCGUGAUACAGCUGUCCAAGUUCGCGAGCAGCGACUUCUUCACUGCAUUGCCCUCCAGGUACAUCGUUGCUAUAACAGCGUUGUACGUCUCUGUCCUCUUCACGAUUUUGGCGUGCUUUGAAGCCUACUACAUCAUCGACUUACGCAUCAACGUAUAUGUCUUCCUGGGGCCGGCCCUCACAGUGGCAACCAUUGUUUUCGUAGACGCCGUGUACCUGAUUCUGUGUCGCCUGUGUCUUGCGUUGUGCUGCUCACUUUCGCAUCGAAGCCACAUGUUUGAGGCAAUCAUCGUUAAGCAUAGUAUUGAGGAAGCUAAGCUGUACGAGACUACGAGUAGGUGAGGCUGCGGACCGAUCAA